AUGGAUAAGGGCAAAGCACCAAUGACCCCCGGCUACGAAAAACACCUGAAACAACAACAAGAGAGAAGACAACCGGAGCUAUUGUUGGGAGGGAUGCGCAACAACCGAAACAACCAAAAAUCUGAAGCAGCUCUUAAAAUCAAACCACCACCGGUCGUGCAACAAAAGCGUCGCCCACCUAUGGGACGGAUGCCCACGAAUCGGCAUCCAGGGGGGGCUCAAAUGAGCCCGAGAGAGGAGAUCCUACAAGAGAAACAUCGCCAGGCUCAACAUGAACAUGAGGCGAAGAAGUGGAAUGUUCACUUCUGUAAAAUGCGCAAGUAUAUUAAUAGGAGAAUUAGAAGGGGCAAAGAUUGGGUGUGGACGGAGGAGGAGGUUGAAAUCGAGAAGAAAAAAUUUCCUGAAGUUUGCAAACUCUAUUCUCGACGACAUCGUGAGAUGGGUAUCCUAUUUUCUGAUGAUCGCUGGGAUCAAUGUGCAGAUGAAAUCGAUAGAGAAUGCGCCGCAUUGCGGGCUAAACUUGAGGCACGUGAGGAAGCUGAAUUUUGGGAGGAGUGGGGAGAUGUGCCCAAUAUAAAUUAUAACUGCCGUCAACUACAAAUGCCUACCCCAGUGACCGCUGAUGAUGAUGAAGAUGAAGAUGGUGAUGAUGAUGAUGAUGGUGGAGAUGAUGAUGAUGAUGAUGAUGAUGAUGAUGAUGAUGAUAAUGGUGGUGGUGGAGGAGAUGAUGAUGAGUAUUAUGUCGACAUCACUCAGGAUUGA